GGUUCACCGUUGCACUCGAGCAAUCGCAGUAUCCACAACCAAGCAGAUCCGCCGCUGCCAUGGCUUCCCAGCUCUCCGCCAUGACCUCCGUGCCGCAGUUCCACGGCCUCAGGACCUACUCCUCGCCCAGGUCCAUGGCGGCGCUGCCGUCGUUGAGGAAGAGAUCCCAGGGCAUCCGGUGCGACUACAUCGGCUCAUCCACCAACCUCAUCAUGGUGACGACGACGACGCUGAUGCUGUUUGCCGGGCGAUUCGGGCUGGCGCCGUCGGCGAACCGGAAGGCGACGGCGGGGUUGAAGCUGGAGGCCCGCGAGUCCGGGCUGCAGACUGGCGACCCGGCCGGGUUCACUCUCGCCGACACGCUCGCCUGCGGCUCCGUCGGCCACAUCUUGGGCGUCGGCAUCGUGCUCGGCCUCAAGAACACCGGCGUCCUCGACCAGAUCAUCGGCUAGAUGCAUCGUGCAAUCGAUGUAAUAGAUCGAUUCAUGCUCCGGCGCCUACGUGCUGUAAUCUGAUGAUGUGAUGUACAAUGUAUUGUGUCUAUGCAUCUUGUUGUUUCAAUGGAACGUCCAGCUACUAGAG